AUGUCUUCGGAUCGGGUUAAUCGGCAUAGACCUACGUCGAGAAAAAUAUUAAUUAAUUCAAUUCAUCAACAUGAAAAAUUUUGUAGUAAUGAAAUAAGUACGUGUAAAUAUAGUGUCUUUACAUUCCUUCCUCGAUUUUUGCUUGAACAAUUUAGAAGAUAUAAUAAUAUAUUUUUUCUUAUUAUUGCUUUACUACAGCAAAUUCCGGAUGUCAGUCCUACAGGAAGGUAUACUACUGCUGGUCCAUUUUUAAUAAUAUUAUUUAUUUCUGCCUUAAAAGAAAUAUUUGAAGAUGUUAAAAGAAGGCGCUUAGACAUAAAAGUUAAUAAUUUUACAACUCUUGUUUUACGUAAUGGAAGAUGGGAAGAGAUGCCAUGGAAAAAUAUAACUGUUGGUGAAAUAUUAAAAAUUGAGAAUAAUCAUUUGAUACCAGCUGAUUUAAUAAUUUUAUCAAGUAGUGAAGAAAAUUCAAUGGCAUAUAUAGAAACUUCUAAUCUUGAUGGUGAAACAAAUUUAAAAAUUAGACAAGGUCUACCUGAAACAUCUGAUUUAAAAAGUAUUUCAAAAAUUAAUGAAUUUAGGGGAGAGAUAGAGUGUGAACUUCCAUCAAAACAUGUAAAUCAUUUUACAGGAACAAUACAUUUAAAAUAUAAUAAUACCUCAAAACCUCUUUCUGUUAAUCAAUUAUUAUUAAGAGGUGCAGCAUUAAAAAAUACAAAAUGGGUAAUUGGUGUGACUGUUUAUACAGGACAUGAUGCAAAAUUAUUAAUGAACUCGAGGACAGCUCCUUUAAAAAGAAGUUAUAUUGAUUCUAUGACUAAUAAUAGAAUUAUAGUCUUAUUUUUUAUCUUAAUAUUUCUUGCUGCAGCAAGUACAUUAGGAGCAUGGAUGUAUGGAAAAAGUUUACAAAAUGCUUGGUAUUUAGGAAUGAUAGGAAAAAAUUCAUUAUUUUGGGAUUUUAUUACAUUUUUUAUUUUAUAUAAUAAUUUAAUACCUAUUUCACUUCAAGUAACAUUAGAAAUAGUUAGAUUUUUUCAAGCUGCAUAUAUUAAUAAUGAUAUGGAUAUGUAUCAUAAUGAAACUGAUAUACCUGCAAUUGCCAGAACAUCAAAUUUAAAUGAAGAACUUGGACAAGUCAAAUAUAUUAUGUCUGAUAAAACAGGAACAUUAACAAGAAAUAUAAUGAAAUUUAAAAAAUUAUAUGCUGGUGAAAAAAGUUAUGGUGAUGAUACUAGUGAAGAAUUUAAUGAUCAAUCUGUAAUACUUGACAUUAAAAAUAAUGUUAAAGGGGCAGAAAUUAUAAAGGAGGCAUUUUUAAUAAUGGCUAGUUGUCAUACUGUUGUUCCUGAGAUGAAUGAAUUUGAUGGUGAUCAAAUAACAUAUCAAGCUGCCAGUCCCGAUGAACUUGCUUUAGUUAAAGGUGCAGCAAAUAUGAAGUUUAUAUUUAAAAGAAGAAUGGCAACUCAAAUUGAGAUUGAAUUACUUGGAAAAAGUGAAAUAUUUGAUAUUUUAAAUGUUCUUGAAUUUAAUAGUGAUAGAAAAAGAAUGGGAAUUAUUAUUAGAGAUAAUAAAGGAUGUUUAAAACUUUAUAUUAAAGGUGCUGAUGCAGUAAUAAUACCAAGACUAAAUAAAAAAACACCAAAACAUGAUUUAGAUAAUUUAAAUAAUUAUUUAAUGGAAUAUGCUAGUAAAGGUUAUAGAACUUUAUGUUUUGCAAAAAAAGAUCUUGAUGAAGAGUAUUAUAAUAUUUGGAAAAAGAAAUUUCAUGAAGCAUCAAUAUCUUUAGAAAAUCGUCAAGAAAAGUUAGAUGAAGUUGCAGAGGAAAUUGAAAGUAACCUUACAUUAGUUGGUCUUUCAGCAAUAGAAGAUAAAUUACAAGAAGGUGUUCCUGAUACUAUAGCAUCUUUACUUGAAGCAAAAAUAAAAAUAUGGAUUUUGACUGGUGAUAAAAAAGAAACAGCUGUAAAUAUUGCUCAAUCUAGUGCUUUAUUUUCAUUAAAUUCAAAUAUACUUGUAUUAUCUGGAAAGACAUAUGAAGAAACAUCAAGAUGUCUUAAUGAAAUUAAACAAGAAGUUGAUAGAUUAAAGGUUAAUGGAAUGAAGUUUGCACUUGUUGUUGAUGGUACUUGUUUACAUAAUAUUAUUACUGGUGAGUGUCGUACUGAAUUUCUCAAUUUAGCAUUACAAUGUGAAACUGUUGUCUGCUGUAGAAUGUCACCAAUGCAAAAGUCUGAUGUUGUUGAAUUAAUACAAAGUCGCUGUAAUCAUGUUUUGGCUGUUGGAGAUGGUGCAAAUGAUGUUGCAAUGAUUCAAUCAGCAAAUGUUGGUGUUGGAAUAUCUGGUGCAGAAGGUUUACAAGCAGCAUCAGCAAGUGAUUAUUCUAUAGGUCAAUUUAGAUUUUUGAAAAAAUUAAUCCUAGUACAUGGAGCAUGGAAUUAUAAUAGAAGUGUUAAAGUGAUAUUAUAUUCAUUUUACAAAAAUAUUUGCCUUUAUCUUAUAGAACUUUGGUUUGCCUUAUAUUCAGCAUUUUCAGGGCAAACAUUAUUUGAAAGAUGGACUAUUGCUUUAUUUAAUGUUUUAUUUACUUUUUGGCCUCCAGUUAUAUUAGGUUUAUUUGAUAGGCCAGUUUCUGAAAAACAACUUAUAAAUAAUCCUUAUUUAUAUAAAGGAUUGCAAAAAAUUUCAUUUUCAAAUUUACAAUUCUAUACAUGGAUUGUAAUGUCUAUUAUUCAUUCAAUUAUUUUGUAUUGGAUGUCAUACGGGUUCUUAUACAAUCCUGUUGUAUGGGAGAAUGGAAGAUCUGGUGGUUGGUUAAUGUUAGGAAAUAGUUGUUAUACUUUUGUUGUUGUAACUGUUUGCUUAAAAGCAUUAAUUGAAUGUGACUCAUGGACCUGGAUUAUAGUAAUUUUUUCAUUUGGAUCUAUUUUUGUAUGGUUUGUCUUCUUCUUUUUGUACUCAUUAAUAUGGCCUUAUAUUUCAUUUGGUGCCGAUAUGUCAGGCCAUUUCUGGUUCAUGAUUAGUAGUCCGACAUUUUGGUGUGCUAUAAUAUUAAUUCCAUUAACAACACUUAUUCCUGACAUUACUUUAAAAUGUAUUAAAUUUAUUAUAUCUCCAAGUAUAUGUGAUUUUGCAAAAAUUCAUGAUAACACAGGAAACCGGUUAAUUAUUUAUCCUUCAGAUCAACAACUUGAUCAAUCAUCUAGUGUCAGUUACCGUCAGCAAACAGAGCAUGUAAAUUUCAAUGGCGUUCAUGGAGAACCCAGUAAUUCAACAAAUGAAAGUAGUGAAAAGACAUUUCUUAAACAAACUCCAAAACAAUCACCACCAUAUGGAACAUGUGCGUCUACAUCUGUUUUAACAUCAGAUGUUGGUUAUGUAAAUUUUGCAUGUGAAGAUAAUGAUGCAAAAUAG